AUGACCAUCACCACCACCGACAAGCUCACGCUCUACACCAACCACGGCUGCCCUUGGGCCCACCGCGCACACAUUGCCCUUGCCGAGCUGGGCGUCCCCUUCGAGGAGGUCAUCAUCGACCUCGACACGCCCCGCACGGCCGAGUACCUCGCCGUCAACCCUCGCGGCCAGGUCCCUACCCUCAGCUACAACGGCGACAUCAUCGUCGAGUCGGGCAUCGUCGCCAACUUCCUCGCCGACCAGUACCCUUCGCACCUGGUUCCCGAGUCGAGCGCCCCUGGCGGUGCGCUGCGCCGCGCGCAGAUUGCCGUCUUUGUCGACGCGUUCGUCAGCAAGUUCCAGGGCCACUUGUUCAAGUUCUUCUCGGCCGCAGAGUCCGAGCGCGACGCCCUGGUCGAGACGGCCGUGGCCGCGCUCGUCAAGGAGGUUGAGCCGCGUCUCAAGGACGCCAGCCCGUACUUUGGUGGCAGCGACAAGCUUACUCUUGUCGAGGUCCAGACUGGCUCGUUCAUCGUCCGCCUUCUCGCCCUCGGCAAGGGCGGCGUCUACCCCGCGACUCUCCUGCCCGCUAUCGAGGCCCAGGCUCCCAACUUCUGGGCUUGGGCUCAAAAGGUCGCUGUCCACCCUAGCGUGACUGGCAUCUUCAACGAGGACAAGGUUGUCGCUCGUACCCGCGAGCGUAUUGCCAAGCUUCGAGCUCCCAAGGCUUGA